AUGGCAGGCCGAGGUGGGCCAGCCCCAACCGACCUGCACAGGGUCUACAUCCAGUCGCUCCUCUCCCGGCGCGCAAUGACUGAAGACGUCGCGCUCGAGAUGUACAAGAGGGCCAUUGGUGCCGUCAUCAUGCAUGACCGCGACUUCAGGCCGACGCACCGCGCGAACAAGGAAGGUCUCACCGCCUUCCUCGCCGAGGUGAGCGCACUCCUCGAGGCCGUCGACAUGGUCGUCAAGCGUGCGCGCGACGAGUCGCCACAGGGGCGAUGGUGGAUCGUUCUUUGCAACACAGCGCCCGAUGCCGUCGGCACCCAUGCUACCGACCUCACGCCCCUAGAGGUGUCCUUCUUCCGCCUGGUGGUCAAGGCCAUUGUCCAGUCUUACCCCCACAACAGUAUUGGCUCUGGUGCAGCAGUGCGCCUUGUCCGCGAGCUGCAGUCUGCUACGAUCAGCAACUCGCAGGCACAGGAGCUCCUCGGUGCGCUCACAAGCCGCGGGUGGCUGGCCAAGUCAAAGCGGAACCGGUACUCUAUCGCCACGCGGGGCAUGCUCGAGCUCGAUGCAUACCUCAAGAGCGAGGCCGAGUUUGAGGACUAUAUCCAGACGUGCGCCGUGUGCGAGAAGGUUAUUCUGACUGGCAUGGUCUGUGGUAAUGACGACUGCGAGGCGCACUACCACGAGUACUGCUACAACCAGCUGAAUCGCGGCGACCGUGGCGCGUGCCGCUCGUGCCAGAAGCCGUUUGCGCGGUACCCACCGUCGUAUGUUGGCGAGAAGGGCGUAUCUCGCGUCGAGGACGACUUUGUAAACACUGGGCGGCGGAAGAAGAGGCCUCCGCGUCGGUCAGCCAAUGGCAACGGACACAGGCACGAAGAGGACGAUGGCGAAGAGGACGAGCUGGAGUCGGAGGAGGAUGACGUCGGGAUCGAGUCGCGGGCAGUACGCGACGAGUCUGAGGAGCCGACGCAGACACAGGGGCGAAGCCAGCGCAGGAGGAGGGAAGCUGAGUCAGAAGACGAGGGCGAGCCCCAGCGCAGGUCACAGCGCAGGAGCAGGGUGCCUGAGACGCAGGCGGAGGGGGCUGCCGAGACGAUUAUUCCAGACUCGAUUGGCGCCGAGGACGACGAAGACGAGGAGGACUCACAGCCCGUUCGUCGCCCUCGUCGGCGGUAGUCGACCGAACGACAAGCCGCUUCGCCUUGCCUCCCAUACGACGGCGGGCACCUACCCAUCCGAGUCAACUCACCGACGUCGGAAACUCUGAAACGUAUUGCCUCAGCCGCAAACGCACCAGCCUCGAGGCCUCGAGCCCUGAUAAUGCCAUUGUAACCUGACCCUGUCGCCGCCCACGCGCCGCCACCUCUCUCUCUCCCUGCGGCAACGAGCACAGCGAGAGCAUGCAUCAAUACAGUCAA